UGAAAAGCAAAGAAUGAAAUCCGUGAAGAAGUAAAAAAAAAUAUAUCGUUAAAAAAUUCAAAUAUAUUUAAAUUAAAUAUUAUGAAGUUAUAAUUUGCAAAUCAUUUUAAAUAGUUUUUUUUAAAUGAUAUAAUCUAUAUAACUAAGAAAAAGUCUAACAUUUGUUCUACAAAAUAAUUUAUCGGCUGUUUCUGAUUUUGUAUAUUUCAGACAGAGGAAAAAUGGCUUAUUAUUAUUGGAAUACACUUUUCUUUGGAGACUAAAAAUAAAAAUUAUAAGCCACCCCGUUUUAACCAAGAACAUUGCGAAUUCCCUUCUUCCAAUUGCCAUACACUAACCGGCUGUCUGUAUGCCGGUAAUCGGAGAAGGGUCUGUGUUUACAGAUACUAGUGUAGAUUUAGGUAAGAAUAGAAUAUUAAUAUUAAUAUAGACUUGACUAGACUAUAUAAGACUAUAGACUAUAGUAUAGAAUAGAUAAGUUAAAAUUAAGAUUUAAGAUUGAAAAAUUGAUUAGUAAGAAUAGUAAGUGAGUAAGAUUUACUUUUUACUUCGCUUCAGAGUGAGUUAUUAUUAACUCUUUCCCUCCGGAAUUAUUUUCCACGUUCUGACGGAAUUAUCUAUACGCCGAACUCUUCAUUUCAAAUCGACGAUGGGAGCGUUGAUCCGGAGGGAAAGAGUUAAGUUUCAGUCACUUUGUCAGUGUGUGAUAAGUUGAGUGAGAGUUUAGUAGUAGUCUUAGUAGUAUUUAUUAGUCUUUAGUAUAGUUAUAGUCAUAAUAAUAAUUGGUAGUAAAGACAUGGUAGUUGAAGUUGGUCUUGUCUUGGAGCGGACUGUUAGUAGUUAAGUUGGGCUUCUUAAUAAUUAGCCUAAUUGAUUAGGCCUAGGCUUGGCCCAAGGCUGUACACUGUACAUUGCUGUACAAAAAAAGUUGGGGGAGGGAUGCAAAACAGCAGCUGCCCUGUGUAAGUAGGGCUGUAAACAAUUGGAAAAGUACCUGCCUGGGUCCCGUCGACCCACGUAGCCAAUAUCCAGAUACUCGCCAAAGCAGAAAUUUUUAAGUGAUUAAGUUCACUGGACAGUAUUUUUGAUUUUCAUAGUCCUUUUCAGAUAUAUCUUCCUCUAUUAGAUCAUCCCUAUUACGUUCUACAUUAAAAUGAUUAAUUUCAACAAAUUCUUCAUCCAUCUGUUUGAUUGUUUCAUCAUCUAAACUUGCUAGUCUGCUAAACUUAGCGUGUUGUCGCAUAUAUUAUUAGCUUUUAAAGUCAUGUGGAAAUUUGAACUGUCGUAACUUUUUAACAAAAGAAGAUAUAAACAGUAAAUUUUGGCAGUAGUUACUUGGUAGUUUAGUUGCUAAGGGCCCUGAAAAAACAUAAGUGACAAUCCACCUGGCAUUCCACCACCCCACGUAGUAGGCAGGCGAUGGUAGGUAUUAGAAGUGCUAAUGGAAAUAGAGCAGUGUUGUCCAACCCGUGGCCUGGUAGUCAAAAAGGUUGAACAGUAAUGCAGUAGAAGAUUAAAAUCACAAAAUUCUUAUUAGAAAUUGUAUCCUUUUUUCUAUCGAUUUUACAAUAAUUUCUUAAAAUUUGGCACCCGAGAAUAGCUAGGGCUGUUAUAAUAAAUCUAAUCCAAAUUUCUUGAAAUAAAAUGAGAUUAUAUUGGGGGGUAAAGUUGUAUUUGAAACUUAUUAAAACUUAUACUAAUUUUGCAUAUACAUAAAUAAUAAUAAUAAAAAUAAAGUUUAUUUCAAAAACACGCUUCAUCCCCAAAGGCUCGAAGCGCGGUACAAAGUCAACAAAAAACAAAUCUAUAAUUUACCACAUUAAAACAAACGCAACACUACAAAAACUAAUUACAAGCAUUACAAUCAGUUGUUCUUUUACAGAUUUUAAUGUCUUUGAACAUCAAGUAAUGGCUGAAGUGGAGAAGGUGGAUUUUACCUAUUCUGAUGCUGAUAAACAUGAAUUUGAAAUAGCAGGUACUUGCUAAAAUAUCAGUUUUGCCUGUUUGUGCUCAGUUAUUAUUGAAAACACUUAAAAGUUGGUCUGUUACGCAUUAGCUAACUCUGUACGGUCCAACCUGAAUUUCUGUAUUGUUAGACUAAAGAGUAAUCCGGCGUUUUCGUUGGGUAGGAAAGGGGGAGGAGCUAACCUUUCUUUCAAGCUAUAUUUAUUUUUUAUUAUGUUUAGGAAUUUAAUUAUUAUUAUAGUAAAAAUUAUUUAAUUUAUAAAAAUUAAAGUCUUAAAAAUAAUUAACAAUUUAUUAAAACAAAAUUUUUUUUCAAACAAACGCGUGCAAGACAGGUUUACCUCAUUAAUUUUGUUCUCUUCUCACGACUUGAAUCGAGCUAGCUGCUUUAAUAAAAGAAAACUUUUUUAAAGUCAAAAUGAGUUUAGACAAACCUGAAAUUGACUUACAUGAAUUCCUAAGUGACUCUUCUGAUGAAUGGGAUACGAAGAAAUAUGAAACAUCAAAUGAAGACAUGGAUAUUUUUUUUACCUUCAAAAGUACAGUUUCAAACAGUGUAAGUCUAGGUAUCCACACCAUUAGGCCUAUAAAAUUAACAGUUCUAAAUAAUCUGAAAAACACAAUAUCUUUUGCUAUUAAAUAAAAUUUAUAUUCUUACAAUAGUUUUUUUUGGCUUUUAAAAUUAAAGAAUUGGGUUUGUUUAAAUAAUCAACUGAUGAAACAGCUGAUUAUAGUUUUCUUUGUUAUUGUAGUUUUUGUGUUGUGCCUAACUCUGAGUAAAUAAUGGGAGUUAUUAAAGCAUUCUUUUUAAAAUAUGUUAUUAGGGGUUUAUUUCAUAUGGCCUUAUAUAUAAAAUAUUUAUUUUCCUCUAAAUUAGUGCGGAUAAUACAUUGCCAAUUGACUUAGAUUUGGCCAGGGACCCCCCCAGGCCAUACCUAAAUUUGUACCUAAAAGAAAAAAUGGUCUCCAUAUUCUGGAUUCUAAAAAACAGGCAACAAACAAUGAGUAACAAAAACUAAGAACUUAAGGUAAGGCAUAUUUCAUAUUACAAUUGUAGUACUAAAGAAUGAUAUAUAGGCCAUAGGCCUGAUAUUUAGGAUUUUAUACCUGAUAAUUAUUUUUGCAAAAAAAUGUUACUUUUCUUUUCUUAACAUUAUCUAGUAUUGUAUAUAUUACUAUGACGUUUAUACUAUUAUAUAUGUGUUAGAUCAAAAUUCUGCUUUUAUGUCAUGCUAACCUGUAAUUUACAAAUAAGCUAUUUAUCUUCCGCAGGAAAUUUCUUGAAACUCUUUUUCUGUCAGAAUAUCAUGUUGAAAAUUUGUGACUACAUCAACGACAUGAGAGAAGAAAAAAAGUACCUCUACACAAACUGGAAGGAAACAAGACCCACAUAACUCUCCAUUUGUUUUCCUUAACUAAUGUACAUGAGCCUAAUUCAAUGCUGGGGUGUUAACGACUCUAAAAAAAAGAGCGCCAUUGAAUUUGUAAUUAAAUUUUUGAAAUGUGAUCAACAUUUCUGUCUAUGUGAAAUAAUUGUUUACAAUGUUAGAUCAUCCCCUAAGCUUAGAAGACUCUGAGACUGUGUAUUUGUUUAGGUCUGAUUUAGUUAUGUAAGCUCUAGCUUUAUUAUUAAUACUUAACUAUUUAUUUUAUUUUAUUAAAACAGCAAUAUUUUUAAAAACAAUUGCUCAAAUUAGUUGUAUUCUGUAUUUGUAUAAUUCUGCAUAAUUGUUCACUUGUUUAAAUUUAGCCACAAAAACACCAUUUACGCAAAUUUCACAAACAUUUUUUUAUUAAAAUCGAAUGUUUGUAUUUGUAAGAUUUUUUGUUUAUUGUAUAUUAUAUUGCAGAAUUAAAUAUCAAUAAAUUGUAAACUGUUUCUUCAAUGUGUUUUUUUUCUUCUUACACUAUAUUGUUUGUGUAAAAGAUGUUGUUAAAAUGUAAAAUCAUUUUCACAUAUUAAUCAUGAUUUUUAAAAAAAAAACUAAUCAUUUUCAAGCACAUUUUAUAAAAUAUAAAUCCCUAUUCAAUUCUGAACAAUUAAUUAUAUAACAUUAUGGGUAUUAAUCAAUACUCUUUUUAAGGUACCAGUAUCCUAUUAUGUGAGAAUUAACACAAAAAGCCACUGGAGUGCACAGAGUUAUAAUUGAAAUUUUGAUUUAAAAAAAUUCAAUGAAUAAUUGUUUUGAAACCAUCUACAUUCAUUCAACAUUUUAAAAAUGUAUCAAUUUUGAUUUUUGGAUUUUAAAUUUGACUUUACAUAUUUCUAGUUAGUUGCAAGUCUAGUGUCUGUUUCCAGGUGAUAAAGGACAAAUACUUCUUAAAUUAAAAUAUUUUUUUUCUUCAUAGAGCUAUACAGCUACACUGAAGAGCCAGAGUUUGCAUCUAACCAGGCGUGUUUUGAGGAAUUAGCCAAAAGUCAUGGUAAGAGAGGGAUUGUUCCAUCAUUGUUAAUCACUAUACUUGAUUUUUUACUUUAACGGUUUUUAAAACUUUUUCUAAACUUAGCUAUCAACAUUAUUAUUCCAUGGUUGAUGGAUACUCAGAUGGAUUCUCAGAAUUGCUGCAUGUGCAAACAAAUAUAUUUUUACAUAAAUUGAUUUAAAAACAACUGAGCAUUGUUUCUAUUCCUCAAGGCUUUGAGAAAUGGACAUCAUUAUCCAGAACUAGCCAGAUGGGGUUUGUUGUUGGCCUACAAGAUGACCUUGAAGUAACAGAAAGGGAAAGAAGGGUCAAGGCUAUACAAGCCCUUCUGUACUUAGUUCAAGGUAUCAUUGAAUCUUUGUACAAUUUUGACAGAUAAGAUUUAGGAGAAAUCAGCUAAUAUUAUCAUGUUAGAAUAAAAUAAUAAAGGCUGUAAUCAAGCUAUAAAUGAAGAACACAUAUUAAAGCAAAAUUUGAAAAAAGGCCUCUGUAAACAAUGAACAUUUUGGCAAAAUGCCUUAUUCACCAAACAAUAAAACGAGAUUUGAAAAAAUAUAGAAAGAUCGCAUAGGCAGGAAACAGAUCCUGUGUUCUUUAUUACCUAUAAUUAGUACAACAUACAUUUCAAUGAUUUUCCUUAUUAAGCUUAUUACAUGUGUUAUAGAGGCGUCUUGUUUAUGUCAUCUUUUCUCAUGCAUGAACUUAAGCUGACCCCACGUUUGGUAAUGUGAUGGGUGUGGCUUAAUUACGAAUUGUUUUACUUGGCCUUGAUUACAAGUAAACACAGCCUAUAGUCUGUAUUAUCAGAAUCCUUUAGAACGUACAAGACGGGUCGAGGCAUGACUACAAUGCGGAUUCCAUUUCUGGAAAAGUCUAUAAAAAAGACUAUCAAUAUGCCUAUAGCAGAGAGAGAUGAGGGGAUAUAGAUUUGCUAUUAUGAUACGAGACAAAGAUUUAUUUAUUAAUAUUUACUGUGUGUGUGUAUGUUCCUUCUUGAACAUUGUUCUGGUACAAGUUCAUGCUGUACUGUAAGUCAAUGGCCUUAGUUUUAUCCUUUUUGAUUUUGUAAUUUUUAAAGUAACUUAAUAAAUUAUUAUUUGUAAUUAGCCCUAGUUUUGGGUAUCGUUUCUUUAUUACUGUAUUUAAUAAAUGGUAUUGUCCUUUGUUACAUAUUGUUUGACACGAGCCAUAGUGUAAAAUAAGAGAUUAAAUUCUCUACACUUAUAACUGUACAAAACAGAUGCGUUGUUUUGAUGAAUAGAAAAGUUUGAAAACAUGGUUGAUUUAAAUCCAGUUAGAAUGAUGUUUAUUACUUCUUUAAACCCUUCUUUUUAGAUCUUUAAAUGCAUUUUAAACUGUUUUCCUCAUGAAGAUGUGGAUAUCAAAAUGUUGAUAAUUUAAAGCAGCAACCAUGUAUUUUUCUGUUUAAGGUGUAUAUGGUGAGUGCAAAUCCCAGAGCCACAUGUAUGAUGUAAGCAGACGAUGUGUACUACUUUAUUUAGAACUAGGCUUGUAUACAUCUCUUGUACAGCUACUGGCUAUGGAAGUGGAGUAAGUUAUCUGGAUUGUUAUCUCCAUUUCUUUUAGGAAUAUAGUAAUGAAUUUAUCACUAAAAGAUUGGACACAUUGAAUUUAAUUCAGAUCUGCAAUGAAUUUUGAGUAAAAUCAGAGUCAGUUAGAAAUUUUGGUAAGCUUUGACAUUACUGGUCAGUUAGAUUUUAUAUUCUUUGCACUUUUUUGCUUUCAUUUUUAACAAUACACAUAGAAUAGUACCUGAACAUACUUUACUAAUUCAACUUUCAACUGCAUUUAGUAUGGGAGCUGGUGAGUAAGGAGACUGUAUGUACAGUCUGCUUUAAAUUGUAAUUUUUUUUUAGUAUUAACAUAACUAUCGAGAUAAAAUAGUUCAGUGAUAAGCAAAAGCAUGAAGUACACUAAGCUGCCCAAUUUUACCAUUGAUAUGCCAGAGAUCUAAAUAUAUCUUUCAUUUAUUUGAAAUAAAAUUUAAUUAAAAUGACUAUUUCUCUCAAUUUUUUACUUAUAUGUUAUUGAAAUUUUAUGCCAUAUCCUUAAUAUUAGUUUUAAGUGUUAGUAUCUUAUUUCUCUCUUCUUCAGAAACAGCAAUUCAGCUCUCCUUGCAUUAAGAAAACCAGCAGUAUCAAUAACAGACAGUAGGGAACUUAGGUAUGAAAUAAUAUUUUGCAAAAAUGCAGUUCCUACUAAAGGGGGGUUAAAUGAGUGGUUAACCGCUUAACUACUAUAGAUACUAUAAAAUUGAUUUUGACGUUUUCUGUAGUUUUCACUUCCACAACCAAUCAGCCUAUUAACUUUUUCAGUACCUGAGAAGAAAAUUAUCCUUUAAGGAUUCCUUUAAGUGAAGUCAUGGGGGAAAUCAGAGUUGCUUAUUGAAUGUUUUGUGAUGUGCAUGUACCUGAUCUGGCUUUUCAAGAUAGGUCAUAGCAGACCUGUUAACUCUUACGAUUUUGGCGUACAAUUUAUGAUAUUGAGAUGUCUGUUACUAUUGUGCGUGAAGACCUGUUAAAACUAUGAUUUUUGAACGGGUUUAAAAUAUAUACAUUCCGGUAGCUUUUCCGAUUUAAAAAAUAAUGAUAAUAAAAUAAAAAGUAUAUUUUUGGUUGUUAGUUUAACUUGUAUUGACAUUCUACAUCCAGCAGUGAUUAGAUCAAGAAAUAUGAUUGGCUUGGGACCAUCUAUAAUAAUUCCCCUGAAAGGGGAAUGGAGUGGUGUUGAUUUAGGAGAUUUUGUGUAUGGGGGAGAGGGGCUAAAAUGUCCAGGCUAAGAUGGGCCAGCUAAGAUGAGCAGGCUAAGAUGGGCAGGCCAAGAUUAAUUCCCCUGAAAGGGGAAUGGAGUGGUGUUGAUUUAGGAGAUUUUGUGUAUGGGGGGGGGGGGGGCGCUAAAUAUUGAAGUCUAUAAAAUUAAUACCCUAACAUUUUCGCAAUGAUAGCAUUGGUGGUCAUAUUGUUACUUUGUGUUUUCAUAAGGAACUCGCUAGACACCGCUACAGUAUUAUUUGCAUUUUCGCCCUAAUUACAUUUUUAGUCAAUUCGAGGCCAUCCUUAUGCACUGGCGGGGGUUGUCGAUCGCUAAGAUUUUGCCUACGCAUGCGUAGGGGUGGGAGGGAUUUGGGGGGGUCCUUGGCAGAAAAUACAUAUGUCAUUCAAAAUUUGUAUAAUAUUCAUUCUGGAAGUCCAAAAUAGCAUUUUAUUUAUAUCCAGAAUGUUGUAAAAAUAUCACUCAAUGUUUUGUAGGAGUCAUAAUGUUUACAUGUAUUUUUACAAAUGAACCUCGCUAGAUAAAAUCAGAUGGUACUAAGUAGUAGCUAGUAGUAGAGGUGUUACAGUAAUAUUUAGUCCACCGUGCGUGUGACAUAUAUUUUGUUGGGCUACGCCAGAGGGUCUAAAAUGUUUGUUUCCAGUCACAGUUGCCAAAUUAAAGUUUUCACUAGACUCCCCAUGUUAAAUUCUUACAAGUAUACUUUGAAAGAAAAAAGUUCUUUUGAAUGCAUUCAUUUUUUAAAAGUUCGACAAUGAAUUUCUAAUUAUGAACCAGUCUACAUCUCUAAAAUAACAUUUAUCUAUUAUAAUACUGCAUUUUUUUUUCAAGGUAUAUUCUGACGAUAUUGUAUAUUAUGGUAGAGACAUCACGAACAGCUGACAUUGAUAGAGACGCAAGUGAUCCAUUUUCUCAGAAACUAGUAGAAGCACGUGAACUUUUUAAGGAAGAGCUUGGUGAGUUCAUGCAAUCAACAAAAUCCAUACUCAAUUUCACCAGUUUGCAACUGCCUUAAAUGAUGAUAAUGUGUAAGGCUACUACUACUACUGCUAUUAAUUUAAUCUUCUCUGUUUGAUCAGUCCAGCCAGUGUUUGGAGAUGAGCCCAUCUCUGUCCUGCUGUUUACUAUGGUCACCAGGUUUUGCAGUGGAAGUGCACCUCACUAUCCUAUGAAGAAAGUUCUCUUACUCCUCUGGAAGGUUGUCUUGGUAAGGAUGUUGACUGAUUUGCUAGUGUAUUUUGAGGAUUUUUUUAUCAUGGUGUUAUGUUGACGACGUGUUUAUGUCAUAUUUCCCGUGCUGUGAACUCUAGCAGACAACAAGGAAGUCAAAACCGCAUUUAAGGUGUGGCUAGCUAAAAAUAGUCACUUAACCUAAAUUACAAUCAAUAGUCUGUUUAUUCUUAGAACAUUGUAGAAAAAUCUGGAGUAAACUAGAAAGGAAAACAAUGCGUAAGGCGGUUCCAGAUGCAUCAGUAGAAUAGACUAUUAAAGGGGGACACAAUAUAUUUUCAGAAGCAGAGAGCAUUUUUAUCACAAGUUAUUUUUACGUUACAGGACGACAGGCUAAAGUUAUUUUUAAAGUGUGUUAUUCUUGCUAAAGUUUUGUUAACUUACAUGUGUGAAUUCCUAUUCAUCGUUGUACCUUUUUUUGGCACAUUGUAUUGUCAUCAACUGUGUACUGGAAUAAGCAAAACAGUACUCUUUAAGUUAAUGACUUUAAUUAUAUUUCUUUUAUUUUGUAAUAUAUUGGUACCUUAAUAAAACUUAUUAAUUGCAGUUAGCACUGUUUUGAGUGUGGUAUUCUCUGUUAUUGUUUUUAUCAUUUGGUAUCGUUUUGUUAUGCACUGUUUUGGAACGAGCCAUACAUGUAAAUAGGAGAUUAAUUUUCUCCCUACUGACAACGGUGCGUAACAAUGGUUUAGUAGAGACUUAAAUUGAUUGCAAGUGUACAGUUAAAGAAAGUUAUAUAGUAGAAUAAGUACCAUAUGCAUGUUGAAUGAAUUUUGUAUGAUUUGAAAUCUUUGUUGUCACUUUUGGGGGUAGGUACAGAGAUCACAGAAAAACUAAUUAUUUUGAAAAACUGCAUUUAAAAAUAAAUGAAAUCAUUUUUCAAAAUGGCCUUCUUUAUUGAAAUUAAAGUGCAGAAAUUGGUAGUUUUGUAAGGUAAGUUAAGACAUGAAGUUUGUUUGAAGCCUUAUAUUAAAUCUCACAUUUUGAGUUGUAAAACCAAAGUCUGCUUCAGCCUGGGUGUGAUCAUUUAGAUGAACAAUAUCUAGGUCACAGAGGCUGCCUUAGUUUAUUUGCUGUGUUAAUUACUGACCGGUGCUGUAAAUAAAUAUCGUGAUCAAAAUGAUCUGACAUACAAUCCAAUUAGGACACCCCCCCCCCCUUUUUUUUUCUCCCUGCCUCUUAGUUGCUUAUUUAUUGAGUCUCCAGUAAGUAUUAAGUCACUCAUCUAAUCAUUUUAAAAAUACCAAUAGACUUAAUUAAAGCUGCACAUCUGUUCAAUAUUGGCAAGCUUGUAAACAUAUGUUUAGUUUGACCACACCAUAUUCACUUUAUUUACUAUAGACUUUUAAUAGAAAAUAUAUUGUAUGGCCUUUAUGACUUCAAGGGGCAGACUACUAUAAAAACCACUAUUUCAAGCUGUAAUUCUUUCUACAGAGCACAACCAUAUUAAACUAGGCUCACUUGGCAUUUAGGCCGUCAUCAAGUGUACUGGUAAACAACUUGUGUUAUAGUUCCACCAAGAAAAUGAAAGCUGAUUAUUUGUUUGAGUGGUUCAGUACAUCCUCCUGUUUAAGUGCUACAGCCAGUAAUUAUUUCAUUAACUGACUGUCCAAAUGUAUAUCUUUCCUCAAAAUUUGCUUUGUUUUUAGCGAUAAAAAGACCCAUUAAUUUAACCCUAAUGUUAUCAUUGUUCAGUUGACUUUAGGAGGCUUAAGGGAGUUGGAAAAGAAAAAGAAUGAAGUGCGCACCAGACAUAAUCUCCCGCCACUCACUGAGGACAUGUACAUUGUCUGUGAGAACAUGAGACCAGCUUCCCCGCCCGCGUCAGCAGCUGAUUUAAUAGAGCACCAGGUGCCAAGACGUGGCAUUCGAGCAUGUAAAAGGGUGAGCCCGGUGCUUGAUAUGUUUUCAUUUCUCUUUCCUGAGUGUUAGAGCCCAAUGUUAUGGUUUUUUAGAUUAUAUAAUUUGCCAACAUUUUAAACUACUGGUAUGAAUUAAAUUUUGAAAUAGUUGAUAAAACUUUUUGAGCUGUUUGGUUUUAAUUUUUACGUCAAGUUUAUCUAGUCAAUAAAAAUACAUCUAAAAAGAUAAACUUGUAAAUUAUGACCUCUACAAACUCUGUUACAUUGAAAAAAUUCAACAGCUAUUUAUUUGAUCUUUGAAUCUUAGUAUGUAGCUGUUGCACUCACUAACAGUCUCACAAAGCAUAAUUAAGGAUGGGUUUUAGAUAGUGUAUAUUGAGCACGCUGUAGAGUAGAGAGCCUAUGUUAAAUUUUGAUGUAUAAGUAAGUACCUGGUAGUUUUCUCACUUGGGAAUCUGUUGCCCCUCUAUAUGUGUACACACAACCUAAGGACGCAACAUUUUUCUUUUUCCUCGUAUAACUUAAAGGCUUUCUGUAUUUACAUAUCUGUGUUCAUUGAGUAGUCCUGUCAGUCCUCUUGUUUGAGUGGUACAGUCAGUCCUUCUGUUUGAGUUGUCUAGUCAGUCCCCUUGUUUGAGUGGGUGGCAUAGUCAGUCUCCUUGUUUGAGAAGUACAGUCAGUCCUCUUGUCUGAGUGGUACAGUCAAUCCUUUUGUCUGAGUGCUACAGUCCUCUUGUUUCAGUGAUACUGUUAUUGUUUUAGUCCUGUUUUUCCUUUAGAGAUAACCCAUCAACCUUAUUUUUUACAACUUCCUGCCUCAUAUUCUGGCUGUGCAUGUAACUCUUAUUAUGUCAUUCUUUCAACUCCUCUUGUCUUAGUCAUCUAACUCUUGUUAUGUUAUUGAAAACAUCAAAGAUCUCAUGUGAGGAGAUUUACUAUUGAAUCUUGUCAAACGACUUGCUCAGCUUACAAUUAUUUAUUUUUAUCAAAUGGGACAUUACAUUUUCAUUUUUUUAAAUAGAAGCCCUUAGAAACCCUUUCAUUUUUCCUGAUUCCAAAAUAUUUUAUAUGUACAAUUGAUAUAUGAUUUAUGUUUUCUUUGUAUUAAAUUCUUAUAACUUCUUCAAAAUGUUUAUUUCUAUAAAUAUUAGAAUGACACAGUAUCUUAUUUUGUUAACAAUAUUAGGACCAAGUUUGUAGAGAAUCCAACCACCUGUUCAGUUAGCCACUGGCCCAACAUUGUUUCUCCUUCUGCAACCUCCCAAAUUGCACCCUUUUUUUACCAAUUUCCUUGGUAUGCUUUCUCUUGAUUAUAACCAUUAGAUGUUUUCUAUUGAAUAUAUCAAUUUUUUGCUAUCUCUUUAUUAUAACCAUUAGAUGUUUUCUAUUUAUUAUUAUUUUAACCAUUAUAUUAAAUUAUAUGCUUUCUCUAGAUUAUAACCAGUAAUGUAAACUAAUGUAUGCUUCACUGAACACACGCACACACCAAUGUAGUCUCUCUGUUCCCAGGAACAUUAUUUAUAUUAAAAUUGUAUUGUUUGUCUGAAGUCAGGAAAACAACUCGGUUAUUAUAUCAAGAAACAACAUAAAAAGAGCAUAAAAUGUAUUGAGGGGGAACUUUUCAUGUUUUCAGAAGAAAAAAAAGUCAAUGAAAUAUUGGGGGGGGGGGGGGGGGGGGGAGAUAUUUUUUUUUUUUUNGGGGGGGGGCACUGAAGUUAUUUUUUUUUUCAGCAGGUCACAUGAUGAUUUUCUGGGAAUCUAGAGCUAUCAACAAUACAUUUUUAAUCAUUUUCAAAUAAGUAUAGUGAUAAAUAACAGAUAACUUUUAAUGACUAGUUAAUAGCACUGAUAGUGAUCAUCUGUUUGGAUUAAAUCUCAUACAUUUUAGAAAUUUAAUGAAAUUUUUAAACGUCAGCUUUUAAUUAGUUGCCCCAGUUAGGAAUCGAAAGUACCAAGGCCUGUGCUUGGCUUCUGUGAUGGUCAUUAAGUAGAAAGUUCUCUCUCCAAUGUAAGUUGAGCCCCUUUAAAACAAUCAUUUUCAGAGCAAAGUGUUUUAUAUUUGGAAACGAUCCAUCUUUUAGUGAUGUAUACAAAUUAGUUAGAUCCAUGCCCUCUAAUUUCUCUUUGAGAAUGUUGUCAUUAGUCUAAUACUUUCAGCUGCAGAUCCUUAGAAGCUUUGUCAAUAUCAUGUGAAAAUGGCAUGUAGGGAAGACAAACUGGUUGACAAUAAAUGGUUUGUUUUUAUUAUUGAUCUUGAGGGCAUUAAAUAAACUGGCCAUUGUAGCGGCUUGUCCAACAGAUAAAAAAAUUGGGAAAAGAAAAGAAAUUUGUUCCUGUUUUAAAAUGUCACACCAAGUAAUCAGAUUUGCGCUUAAUUUGGUUUUUAUUGAAAUUAUUUCCAAAAUUUCCUCGGAUAGUCUGAAAGUGUUGUCAGAGAUUAUAUUCUUUGAAAAAGGUCACUUAUCAAUGGAAACAAGCGUCCAUGUCCCAGUCUGUGUCCAAGGUCACACACUCUUCAACUCUUCUCUUUCCUAUUUCUGCACACUCAUUUAUACUUCAAAUAAUUUUCGUAUUCAUAAAAUUCAAUGAAAAAUCUUGUGUAGAUUAUAAAAUUUGCAGCAAAUAGGUUGAGCUUCGGGUCCUUCAAUAUGUCAAAGACAAUAUUGCAGUCACUGGCAUCACCAGGGGAGCGGGGGGCUUCAAUAUGUCAAACACAAUGCCAGUGGCAUCACUAGGGAAAUGCUAACCACACCGGUUGACACCCUCACAUGGGCUUGACACCAAAAGUGAAAAUGCAUAUUUGACAGAGUUUGCUCUAGUCAGUUUCUCAGAACUCACUUAAAUACAAUAUCAUGGUGCCACUAGAAUAUGAUGCCAUUAGAACACAGUGUCACCAGAUACCAUGAGUUUACCGCACAGGAUGCCACCAGAAUAGGAUGCCAUCAGAAGGGAGUAUAGCCACACACCAUGAGUUUACCAUGUCCCACCUCUGAUCAAAGUGGAGUACUGAGGAAUUGAGUUUGGAAAUACUGUGCUACUAAAUUUAGCAGUUAUAUUUCAGCUCUUAUGAAAUCAGAGAUCAUGGUUUCUUGACUUUUUCAGAGAAUUGAGGAUUUAUUUUAAUAUAAAUAAUUCAAUAUUGGCUUCAAAAAUUCUCUGCACCUUCUGUUGAAAAUAAGAAGUGGAAUAGUUAAAAAACAAUUUGUUUUCAUUAUUAUUAUUAUUACAGUUAGACAAGUUUACACCAUAAUUGUUACUCGUCAAGUCUUUUACAAAUAACCAUUUGGCAUUUUGUACAUUUUACAAAAACAUAAAUCCAGUAUCCGUAAGAUUUCAAUGGGCCGCAUGUGGCCCCCCAGCUGUAGAUUGCCCACCCCUGAUUUAGCAGAUAGAUAAAUGAACAGAAUUAGUCAACAAAUGUUUAUAUUUUAAGUUUAUCACCUGCACAUGCUUGUAAGUUUGUUAACAAAAAAACUGAUCAGAUUAGUGUUGAUUGCAUAUAUAUACAUAAAAUUAUGUGUGUAUGUUAUUAGCUUUUGCAUCAUUAUUCUGGAUAGUAGAAUUUAAUACACUAUUAUGUCAUAAUUAAAUAUAAAAUUACUAUCAAAAAAGUUUUAAAAUAUAUAUGAUAUAGAUAAAGAGUUAGAGAUAAAGUUGAUGAGCAUAAAAAUGGACUCAUGCUUACAUUACAAUAAUAAUCUUACAAACCAUUAUACUACGGCAGAAACCAACACAAGGUUGUUAAUUUUGACAAGAAAGUUCAUUUUGACCAGCUUCCAAAUUUGUCCAUUAAAGAACCUGCAUCCUUUGUCAAAACAGCAGUCAUUUGAAAAAAGCAUAACUUGUUAAAGUUCUACUCCAGCCUCUUAUUUGCAUUUCAAUCUGUCUGUGGAUUGAUGAUUUGGUGAAUCAGUGUUUAGACCCCAGACUGGGGGGCUGCCUUAUUCAUAAUGCAUUCACACUCUGUUUUUAAAAAAAAGCCUUAGAUAUGCUGAUUAAAUAUCUCGUUCUGUGGUGGUGUUCUGACAUGGUGGGUGUGGUGGUGGUGGUGGUGGUGGUGGUAGUGGUGUUUUUGGAUGGUGGUGGCAUUAUUCUGGUGUGGUUAUGUUAGUGGUUUUCUGGAGUGUUGAUGGCAUUGGUGUUCUGAGAUGGUGGUUGCAUUGGUGUUCUGGGAUGAUGGUGGUUGUAGUGGUGUUCUGGCAUGCUGAUUGUAGUGGUGUUCUGAGGUGUUGGUGGUAGAUUUUGUUAAAUCAUUAAUAGCGCAUAAUUUGGGUUAUUGCAUUUUUCUCCUCAUGUGUAAGAGUCAUAUGUAAAUAAUACAAGUACUUUAUAAUAAAUUUAAAAUGUUUUCUUGGAUCAGGUAUGUAUCAAAUGUAUUUUUGACUGAGUCAGCUCUCUUGCUGUUUUUUUUUGUUUUUUUUAAACAGAUUUUAACAUCAUUUUAUCUUUGAUUUUUCUACCCUGUACAUCCACUGGGGUUUUAUGUUUGUAUGAGGCCGAUGUAAAGUUGUACGUAUUCUUUCACGUCACAUUGGCCAGUGUAAAGUUGUACAUAUUCUUUCACGUCACAUGGCCACUGUAAAGUUGUACCUAUUCAUUCACUUUAUGUGUCUCCAUGGCAAAAUCCUUGUCUGUUUGAAUAACCCAUUCAUCUUGUCACCGUGUGCUCGUCAUAUUAAUAUCAGUACUUUUAGUCACCACAAAUUAAUCAUUAAUUUUGCAUUCGUCACCUUUAUUUAAACCUGAACAAACGCUGGGGAGUUAUCCCAAUGAAAAAAAAAAAUGUUCUUAUGACACAAAAAUUAUGUGGGCUUAUUGUUACAGCUAAUUGAUCAUAUAAGUGUGACAGUCACUUAACUACACCUCGCUUGUCCUAUAAGUGGGACAGCCACAUAAAUACAGCUGACUCAUUGUUAGUGGUGUAGCUAGGGUUAGAGCCCAGAUUUGUGCAUUUCCCCCUUUCCACAACAAAAGAAAACAACUCUGUAUUUGCAGAAACUGCAACAUUUCCAUGUAAAGAAGAACAAAAUCUUGGCUAUACUUAAGAGUAUACUUGCAUUAGACUGACAAAAACAUAUUUUGUUCAUCCACAUUGCUUACUGAGAUAUGGUAUAAUUGACUAGAAUAACUAACAUCUCAAAUUUACGUCGUAGAAUAACUUAAUGUUUUCCUAGCAACAGGAAACAAAAAAUUUUUGGGUGAAAAUUGAGUUUUAAAUGUAUUUUUGUCAGUGUCCACUAUGUUCCAAAGGUGAAAAGCUUCAUCUUUGACUAGUUUUAUGGCUAUCAACUGAUUAUAAAAUGACUUGACCUCCAACCCCAACUGAGCGGGACUGUUUAAUUAGUUACUCAAAAAUUCACUAAAUUUCCAGAUUGCAUCUCACUAAAAUCCGUAACUUUUUUUUUUUUUUGCAUAACAACUGGGCUUUCUCUUUUUUCUCUUCUCCUCCCUCCCCUCUCCGUCCUGUCUCUUUCUCGCUUGCUUGCGUGGCUUGCUGACCCGGCUGGUUGGACCUCCCUUCCCCUUGUACUGGACCCCACUUAUCUCAGAGUUUGGUCAAACAGAGCAGCCUUGAUGAUUCCUUUGAGACUGGUCUGGCUCGUGAUGAAGAUGAUGAUUUAAUGGAUGGUCUUAAAACAAACAGCGAUGACGAAUCGCCGCCCACACCACCACGGUCGGCUACACCCACAGUGUCACACCGCAGUUUGCCAUGGAAACCGAAAGUCAGGUGUGAAGCUCAUCACCUUUAGUUCACAUGGAAAACAUUACAUCUUUCAUAUAGAUUAUCUUUUUUUAAAAUUCCUUACAUUUUCUGCAAGAUUUUGUUUCAAUGGAACGCCUUAAGUUAUGAAUAAUUUCUAUUAUCUCAGACAAAAAGAUCUAGAAAAUUUUCUAGACCACACUAGACAAAAAUUUGUUGGCUUUGAAGUAAAGAAUGACCACAAUUCGCUGGCAGGUUUGCCACAACCAAUACAUGAGGGUGUCAAGGUGCUUAAACAGGUCAGUGGGAUUUGCCAACCUUACCAUCAAAACAUUUGAAAAGCUUACUUGUAUUUCCUACUCAUCUUAACCAAUCUAUCUCCAUGCUUGAACAGAAAUUUGGAAGCGUAACUUUGAAUACAAUGUCAUACAAUGUUCAUCUUUAGUUCAGUAAUUAAAAUAUCAUUUCACAUGAAAAGACACUUCACGUUAACCACUAAAUGCUUGUUUCAGCACCUGUAUAUAACUUUGUCUGAGGUUCAGAUCAAACGGGAGGAAGAGAUAGCAAAGAAUCCCCUAUCACUGGUAAGUUAGAGAUAGCUGAGUAUCUCCUGCCAUUGGUAAGUUAGAGAUAGCCAAAAAUUCCCUUUCAUUGGUAAGUUAGAGAUAGCCAUGAAUAUUGUAUUUGAUACAUCUAAAAAAAUAAGAUAUUUUAAGCCCUUAAAUUAAAAAUAAAUAAAGCCAUAAUAAAAAACUUGAGACAAAAGGAUCCAAAAAUUGGAAAAAGUUUAAUCUAUUGAAAAGAAUGUAAAUGGCCAAGAAAAUAAAGCGCAAUGUAACAAAAAAAAAACAUAAUUUUUUUCCCUUUAUAGCAACACACAAUAGAUAUAAGACUUGAAACAAUAUAACAACAUCCAGUAUAUUAGAUUAAAAUGACACAGCAUUUUACUACCCAAUGGAUGCCUCUGGGAUUUUGUUGAUUGUUGCCCCAGUAAAGUUAAAAUAAAGAGGAUGUGACGGAAUGAGAUUUUUUAAAAUAAAGUUAUAAAUUAUACACUUGGUGAUUUCUAAUCAAACUAAACUGUCAAUAAACUCACAAAACAACUUUGAUGUUCUGUGUACAGCCAGAGACAGAGGUCGAGAGUACUCCAGCUGAAAAGCUUUACCACGCCAUGUUGUCAAAUCUACCUCAAUAUAUGGUAAGUGUUUAAAAAUAUGGUAAAGUUUUAUUAAUAAAGCUUCACACUACUUGUAUUUGUAUACAUAAAUAUAUUUGUCUUGUAAUCCACUUCAGCUUUAUAAUUUAUUGAUAGUCGGCUGUGUUCAUAAAUAUUUUCAGAAUUGAUUUCAUAAGGCUUGUUGUUAGAGAGUAAAUAAUUUAUUUGGGCAAAGUAGGCUACGGUUGUAAUUUUUCUUGUUUAUUUUUGUCCCAUUAGAUAGCUCUGCUUAAGUUGCUGUUGGCUGCUGCCCCUACAUCCAAGGCUAAAACUGAAUCCAUUAAUAUCUUAUCUGAUGUUCUGCCUGACGAAAUGCCGUAAGUGCACUUAUAAUAAACAAUUUAAUUCAUUACUAUUAUGUCAUUUGUCUCCAUGUAUUCAAAUACUAAGACAUAUAAAUCAACUGUCCAUUUUGCAGUUAAUUAAUUUAUAGCAUAGGUCAGCCAAGAUUUACUUUUGGUUAAACCUAAAAUUUACUCUUAGUUAAACCUAAAAACCUGUAAAUGUUAAAAUGACUUGUUAAAGUCUAAAAUCUUUACAUGUUAAAAGUAAUAAAAGGCAACUAAAAGUGUUUUUAAGUUGAUAUUUUAACAUAUUUACACACAAUCUACACAAAUAAUUUAAUUUAAUCAUAUCUACUAGGGGUCACAAAACCGGUCCCUUUUACCAAAACCGGUAUUUUUGAUAUUGAAGUUUACGAAUACCGGUACCGGAAUCCCGUUAUUUUCAAUAUUGUCAAUAUUUAGAGAACUUUGUGUCGAGAUUAGAGGUGAUGAUUUAUUAAUGAAAUAAAAACAAUAAAAUAGAAAUAGCAAUUUGAUUUUUAACAAUAACACAAAUGUCUAACUUCAGACAUUAUCAAAUAUUAAAAUAAUUUGUGUAGUUUUAAACUUUGGUCAAAUUCAAAUAAUGAGAUCCUAAAAAGCCAAGUGUCUAAUGUUUGAUCACUUAAUUUUGAGCGCAAAUGGUAACAAAAUUAACCAGAUGACGAGAACUUCCGCUCACACUCCACAAUACCAAACUGAUGUCUUCGUUUCCGAUAGUUUCAUAUGCUUUUCAUAUUUUGAUUUAUUUUAUUCACUGUCCCCCAUUUCUUUCUAUCAAAAUGGAGGGAAAAUAGAUCAUUAACAAAAAUGUAUUUAUUAAAUCUAUUUGAUUUGACGGGUACAACUUUAAAAAAAAAAUCUUUACAUUUUCAUGUAAAUGUUUGGCUAAGUAUGGUACAGACAAACAGGGACAUUCAGUAAUGUAAAUAUUUGGCUAGGUAAGGUACAGACAAGCUGGGACAUUCAUUCAUGUAAAUGUUUGGCUAGGUAAGGCACAGACAAACUGGGACAUUCAGCCUGGGACAUAAGAGCUCUUAACUCAAUUAAUUAUGAGGUGAAUGUGAAUUAUUAAUUUGUUUUCACAAAAUAGAAGUAACAUAAUUUUUCUAUGUCUUAAACUUAAGGUAUUUGAUUAUCAAAAUACGGAUAUACUCAUAAUUUUAACCCUCAAACUGUGGUCGGCCGACGAAAUCGGCCGACAUUCUCGUUAUGUGCUGUGGCGGCCAAAAAAUCGGCCGAUAAAAAACACGGUCCGAUAGCAACUUCCAAUCCAAUAUUUAACCAAAAUCGUAGCCAUGUCCUUUUAUUAAUAAUUAAAUCAACUUCCAGGUCAAGCUGUUUCUUGAUAACUUGAACAAUAAGUGCUUUUAAAUUGGAAUUUUAUAUCGCUGUUUUUUUAAUUUUAAAGCAAAAAUGGCGGAAGCUAUGGCCGGGCCUUCAGUGCGAGAACUAAUAUAAAUAUUUUUUAAAGCUUUUUAGGAGAGGAUUUAAGUGAUACUGAUAAUGAUUUUAACAUUCCCCAUGAUAUCUCACUUCAGAUUCUUCUUUUUGUGAAUCUGAUACUAGUCUACUGAAGUAGGCCUAAUGAGGCAACUGUUGACUUCGAGCCAGGCCCGGAGUUGGGCAAGGACUGACUGAAUUUUAGUCACAAAAGCUACAGAUUAUAGAUCAGAACUAAUAAAUUUUAUAGUUUAACAACCCAAAUCAGUUCCACAGUUCCUUUUUAAAUGUUUACUAGUCAAUAAUAACUAUUUUGACUGAGAUUUUGUAUUUUGUACUUGUGGUCCCAGUUUCUUAUAUUAAUGACCAAAAAUUACUAAAAUUGCUUUCAGAUGUGUAUUGGCAAUCAAAACCUUAGCAAACUAUACAUUUUCUGAUAGAUAAAUGAAUUGGCUACAACAUUUAGAUUUGUGUUUUAAGUGUAUCUAUAAAAAUUAAUGAUGUUAUGAGCACUUGAAAGCAAGACAUUUUGUCGAUUUUUAUUUUCUUGAGAACUCCAAGGUCAAGGCACUGCCCAAAAUUUUUUUUACGGGGUGGGCAAUAUGGCCAACUUAUACUUAUAGGGGUCUUGUAUCAAUAUUUCUAUGUCUUUCAAUGCAUUUUCAAAAAGCCCUGAAAAGCUCCACACCACAGAAUGGUGCAUGCCACAGUUUGAGGGUUAAAUAUGUAGAUACUAUGGCAUAAUUAAAGGAAAUCAAGCACUCAUACAUUUUUGUUCAAAGUUUACCCCGUGAUUCGAAUGCAGCGUGUUAGUAUUUCUAUAUAUUUCAUGUUUCAAACAAAUUGUUAAUGUAAGUCAACAUUCUAUCUUCAUUCGACUAUACCAAUAAUUUAUUUGUUAAUAAUAUCAAAACAUUUACUUUCCAAUCAUGUACCGUCACGUCGCGACUCACGUCUCUACUUACACACUGCACUCGCACUAUGUAGAAAAAAAACUAAUCACAACACCAUGAUAGUUGACAGCUGAACAGUACACAGUUUUAGCCCGUCGGUCGGAUCUCUUUGAACUUGAUACAUGUGGUGUGAGGCGUUCACACUUCACACAUCAAUUAAACCUUGCUUUAACUACGACAUGGAAACUAAGAAAAGCAAUAAAUAUUUUUUGAAAAUGAAAUCCUGGGAUUAUCGAAAAUCCCGGUUUUCAUAAAUCCAAUCCCGGUUUUAUCAAUCAUGGUCUGGUAUUACGAUAUUUUUGAGUCGGGAUCCCGGAUUGCGACCCCUAAUACCUACCAUCAUGUAUAUCAAUGGAUGGUCUUAUAAUAAAUAAUAAUGAUGAUCCAACAUAAUACAAAAAUGUUUGAAAAGAAUCCAUGUCAGAUGAAAGUUACCAGUUGUUGUUAUGAAACUGAAGAAAUUGUUUGCCCAACUUCAGGACCACAGUGCUCCAGUCAAUGAAACUAGGCAUUGACGUCAACAGACACAAGGAGAUCAUCGUCAAGGCAAUCUCUGGCUUGCUACUGCUCCUACUCAAGCACUUCAAGCUCAAUCACAUCUACCAGUUUGAGUUCACCAGCCAGCAUCUUGUCUUUGCUAACUGCAUCCCGCUGGUCCUCAAAUUUUUCAACCAGGACAUUGUGGCAUAUGUCAAUGCCAAGAACAGGUCAUUGAAAGACUAUUAUGGGAGCUCAAAGAUUUAAUUCAUAUUGUUUAUUUAAUAUUUUAUUAACAAUGAUAUAUGAUAGUUUUCAUUUAAGGGGUCCCUUAAGACUAAAGUACUGCAAAAGCAUAGAGGUUGUCCCAUAAAAAUAUUAAAAAGUUAACUAAAAAGAGAAUUGAGAUUUUUAAUUUUUUUAAUACUCCACUAAAAAUAACAUUUAAUUUAGAAUUGAUUUUUAUUUGUGCUGAAAUAAACAUUCCUAUUUUCAAGAUGACAGAAUUUUAAGGUUAACACUUAAAUCAUUUUAUUUGUUAUAUUUUCGACCAUAUAAUUUCUAUUCUAUUUCUCCAAUCUAUCAUGAAUUUAAUAAAAUUUGAAGACAUGCAUUACAGUGAUUUAAAAUUGUUUUUUAAAAUUUACCUUCCCUGAGAAAUAAAAGCAACUGAGAAAAUUUGAGUUUAUUUCAGACCCACAUGUCUAUUUAUAUUAGUGAGGAACACAUAUCAAGUGAUGAAUAUUUAUCACAUUUAAUUCAGUGUUCAGAUUAUAGUUGGUUGAGUCAUUCUGAUGCCAUUCACAUACUUUUUAUAACAUAUUUUUCUCUCAAUUUUUAACCCCAAACACCACAAUUUACAAAAUGUUUGAACAUUUUUUUGUUUUACAGCAUACCUGUCCUAGAUUUUCCUGAAAAUGUCUUAGGUGAUCAUACAGAGCUGACUGCAGAAAAUAUAGUAUGUAUAAUUCCUAGGGUGUGCUUCAGUUCUCAGCCGACAACUUAUUAUCAUUAUUUUUCCUUGAUGUUGAGUUUCUAAAAACCCUUGGGACUGACGCCAAGUCUAAGUUGUUAACAAAAAUUGUUGCUCAAAGUCAGUCAAGAAUGCAUAGGAGGCCUUUGUUGUAAUGUUAAUAUCAAUUAGCUCUUCAUUAAGUUAGAAUUAGAGUUAAAUCCUGUCUUGGGAUUGACGCCAAGUCUAAGUUGUUAACAAAAAUUGUUGCUCAAAGUCACUAAAGAAUGCAUAGGAGGCCUUUGUUGUAAUGUUAAUAUCAAUUAGCUCUUCAUUAAGUUAGAAUUAAAGUUAAAUCCUGUCAUGGGAUUGACGCCAAGUCUAAGUUGUUAACAAAAAUUGUUGCUCAAAGUCACUAAAGAAUGCAUAGGAGGCCUUUAUUGUAAUGUUAAUAUCAAUUAGCUCUUCAUUAAGUUAGAAUUAGAGUUAAAUCCUGUCAUGGGACUGACGCCAAGUCUAAGUUGUUAACAAAAAUUGUUGCUCAAAGUCACUAAAGAAUGCAUAAGAGGCUUUUGUUGUAAUGUUAAUAUCAAUUAGCUCUUCAUUAAGUUAGAAUUAAAGUUAAAUCCUGUCAUGCCUGAGAGAUUUCACACAAACAUGCAGGGUAGGGUAAUGUAUUCUUAAGUAAAAUGACAAGAGAUGUGCACCUAGUGGGCCCACCAAGCUUGAUUAUAUAUUGCAGAUGUAGGAUAUAUCACAUAUAUUGGUAGUUAUAAAAUAAUAUCAUUGAAAAGCUCAAAUGAUAUUUUUAUUUUAGGAAAGUGGUGACAGUCAGCCCCACUGCUGGCGCAAUAUCUUUUCUUGUAUCAACCUGUUACGUAUACUCAACAAAUUAACUAAAUGGAAGCACUCACGAACAAUGGUAUGUAUAUAUUUUCUUGUAUCAACUACUUGGUAUACUAAAAUUAUUAACUGAAUGGAACAAUUGUAUUUUAAUGGUUUACAACAUAAUGCAUAUAUUCAACAAGUGCAUAGUUGGGAUAUUUAAAUGUUUGUAAAUGUUUAGUUUCCAGUCUGUAUGUUAAUAAAUUAUAAAAUAUUUUGAAGACCAAAAAAACGUAUUUCCUUAUCCAGUAACUAUACUGUUAAUGUUAAGGCCCUUAUUAUGGAUUGUAAAUUUUAUCUAACAUGAAUAAAAUAUAAUUUUUAGUUCUUUAUUUCUAAAAAAAAAUGCUUAUGACAUCUUUACUGUCCAGAUGUUGGUAGUUUUCAAAUCGGCUCCUAUCUUGAAGCGUGCCCUAAAAGUGAGACAUCCCAUGAUGCAAUUAUACAUUCUCAAGUUGUUAAAAAUGCAGACCAAAUAUCUAGGAAGACAGUGGCGCAAAUCCAACAUGAAAACAAUGUCUGCCAUUUAUCAGAAGGUCCGCCAUCGACUUGGUGAUGAUUGGGCGUAUGGCAAUGGUAAGACGGAGUUAAUUAGUUAGUAGCUUUAACAUUUUAACAUUCAGUAGUGACACUUUCAUUUAAUUACAAGUGUUAUAUUUGAUAUCAUUUUAAACAAAUUAUACAAUACAAUGUUAAUUAAUUAAUUGUAAAUAAAGUGAUAAUUUUUCCCUUUAUCAUUAUUUUUUUUAUAUUGCCUGGCCUAUUACUAGUACAGUGGAACCCCGCUAUAACGCAAUGAUCGGGGUCCAUAAAAUCGGAUCGCGUUAAAAGCGGGGUUUUCUUCUACUUGUUGUUUACUUUCGUUCUUAGCACAGCGGAAAUCCCUUACGUAUUACUAUUUAUAGUUCUAUGGGGAAAAAGCCUUGUUUUCUUCAUUAAUUUUGAUACUAAUUUGAACGUGGUGCGUUUAGGGGCUCAUUUUCUAAGAUAUUUUGAAAAGUUGUGAUUUUUUUUCGCUUAAAAAACUGGCUUUCCAAGCAAUGGAUAAAAUUUUCAAAGAACUUAGGCCUGAUGGAUUAAAUGAAUUUCAAAUUUCGGGAGCCAUGCUACGACCGCGUUAUAUCCGAAUUUGCAUUAUGGGCAUGGCGCGUUAUAGCGGGGUUCCACUGUAUUACUUUCCAUACUGUAUUACUGAUUUGAUCUAUACAGUAGAACAAAUGAUUUGAUCUAGUAGAUACAGCACCUACUGGUACAUAAAGAUCAUCAUUCAAUAAUUUAUUAUAGGGACAUUCAUUUUACAUUCAGACCUUGACUAUAGCUUUUUUUAAAUGAAAAAAAUUUUCUGCCAGAUAUGGAUGCCAGGCCCUGGGACUUUCAAGCAGAAGAGUGUGCUCUCAGAGCCUGUGUGGAUCGGUUCAAUAAUCGACGUUAUACUUUGGCUGGCAGCAUGGAGUCUGACUUUCGACCAGUCGAUAACAACAUCCUCAGCCUCCUGGGACAGAAGAUUGAGCUCAGCCCAGAAUUUAAAAGCCAAUAUGAACGUUGGCUCCACAUGGAAGUUUACUCCCGUCAGAUUGAUUGGGACCAAGUUAUGCUACCAUAAGUUGUUUUUUUUUUAACUCUUUCCAUAUGGGAGAUAGAAUAUCAAUAAUUUUCUCAAGGCAGGAUCUGUAACAGGUGCUGUAAAUAUGACAUUGUCCAUAAUGUAAAAGUUGUGCUUGAGGUUUACAACCUAAGACAUACCAGCACUAAUGAGUGUAGUUAGGUGGCAUGCAAUGUUUAUUAAAUUAUAGUGUUGGUUGGUUGUUGUCUCUUUCCCCUUCCCUUGUCAAGAAAAUUAAAUAAGAUUAUAUCAGACCUGGUUACCUUCGAACUCCUAAAACUAAAAUCAUACAACAUCAUCUCAAAAUUGUACAUAGUAUCUUAAUGGUUUAAUAAAUAAACAUGCAGUACCCGGUAUAAAUAUUUUAUAAAAUAUUGUCAAAAAAGAUAACUUCCAAAAGUAGAUCACUGAUGUUUAUAUUGCAAUCUCUGGUCACUUUGUGUAUAUUUUAUAGAUAUCAAUCAAUAUUUAGGUUAAGUCCUCAAAGUUAGAGCAGCAUAAAAUAUUAUUAAAUAAGAAUUAAUUAACAAAUUAAGGCAUCAUAUUUACAAGAGGUGUGUAUUAAAACUUUGUUUUUAAUAUGGUUUUUAAUGAAGAGCAUCAUAAUACAAUAAUACAAAUGCGUAAUGUUCAAAAUUGAUUUUGGGAGAUUUUCAAUGUGUAAAAUCUAUAGUCUAAGUCUCUGGUUUCUGAAUAUAAAGUACACAUUUUUUAACUGAAGUUUUUAUGAGGUGCAGUGAGUUUUGUUUGUGCAAGUGUUCAUGCAAGGUUCCAAUUAGGUCUUUGAAUUAAUUGUAUGGGGAAACCCAGUGGUGUCAUCGUUUGAGAUAGGAAGGCACAGCUGCAUUAUUAGUGAGGAAAUCAUUUAACAUGACCAACAUAAAUUGUUGUAACACAAGAAAUUUUAGUGAACAUAACAAAUGCAGGAAGGUAUGGGGUUCUCAUGUUGAAAACAGCUAUAUUUUGAUGUGAAAGAAUGGACAGCUGACAACCAACACAGACAGCUAGACGACCAACAACAUACUGGCACUAAUAAAAAGUUUGCUCUGUAACUAUUUGUGUAAUUAUUUAAUGAGGUCUUUGAGUUCGUUCCUAAUAGAAUAUAUCUUCUGACUGUGAAGAAACAAUAUUUUUGUUAUUGUUUUGUGAACCCAAGAAUAAUCUAAUUAAUUAUAGCUACUCAAUGGAAAUGCUAUAUGAAUUGUGACAUGACAACCCAAUCAUUUUAUGUGAUACGACACAUAAUAAAAAGAUCCUACAUGAACUACAUGUUAUAGAAUAAAUUUCUUUGACCUAGAGAAUAUUGUGACAUCAUUUAACACACGAAGUGCUUACUUAAAACAAUGUUUGUUGAAGCUUGAAUCAAAAGACAGGACAAUAAGAUGUGAUCUCUCAAGUUUUUUACUGUGCUCUGUUUCUUCUCAUACUUCUGUUUGUCCUGUUUGCUGAAGACUCCAAGCCGAAGCAUUCACAUUUUACUGUCCUGUCUUUUGAUUCAAGCUUCAACAUACCUUGUUCUACUAUUUCAUUCACAUAGCUUGAAUGCAGUCCUUUAAAUAAAGCAAAAGUUUCCUUUUCAUCACAAAUAAUCGUGACCUUUGCAAGCUUUGAUUUCCCUCAUGUAACAAAUCAAUGACCAUGUAACACAAACCAAAUUUAACAGUGGUUAAUUGACAUUGAACAUCUGAUGACCUCAUAAACAGAUAUGCUCCAACUCCCCCCACCCCAAGAUCCCCGCUCUCCACAUGAAUAUUCAAAAGGGGAUGAAUAUUGGUACCAUAAGCAUCUAAGAUGUGAAUUCUUGAAUAGCUUUUACAGACAGUUGAUUCCUAUUAUUAU